AAUGGUGGCCUCCUAGCAACAGAACUGAACAACAACAACAACAACAACAGAAAAUGAGUUCAAGCGGCGAAGAAGAAGAUGUUGGACCAAGUGUGGAUUCAAAUGACCCUGAAGAAAGAAUUGCUGCAAGAAGAAUUCGUAUUCAGAAGCGCGUCGAAGCAGCAAGAAGAGCUGCUCUAGGAGAGGAUCCAAAUGAAAAGAAGGAAGUGAAGGAGGAGUUGAGCAAGAGUCGGAAACAGAUUGAGGAAAGUCGCCUACGUCUGACAAAACUGCAACAGGAUGGCUUUGAGUUGGUCACAAAUAUCGGUGUUGCAGGUGAUGCUAGAGAAGCAAUGCGACGAAAUGAGGAGGAAGAUGCAAAAAGAGUCAGAAAGGAAAGACUUGAACAGGAAGCCAAAUCAGGAGCUGAUAGAUUUGAAGAGAUAACAAAAAGAUGGGAGUCAGCAUUGCAAAAAGAGAUCCCACAAUCUUUACACGAGAUGUUGAUGCAGCAGAAGACUUCCUGUGAUGGAAUGAUUGAUGAGAAAAACAAACUGAUUAAUGACUUUCAGCAGGAGUUGAAAAGCAAAGAUGAUCAGUAUGUGAAGGAUCUUAAGAAACAGGCAGAGGAUGUGGACCUGAUGAUAGAGAGAAUGGAAGAACAAAUAAAGAAUCUCACAAAGGCUCUCAGGGAAGAAAUGAAGGAAAUUGAGAUGGCUUUUGUUGCUGAACGAAAUGAGCUUCUAGAACAGCAGAACAAGAAAUGGGAUGAGCGAAUGCAGCAUCGAAGAGACAGAGAGGUGGAGUACAUGAAGUCCAGAGAAAAAAGGGUAGAAGAUUAUGAGAACCAGCUACAGCAUUUACGUGUUCAGGAUGCUGAGGAGUAUAAUAUGGUGAAAAUACGACUUGAAACAGAUGUGCAGUUAUUUGAGCAACAGCUUCAACAGAUGAGAGCAACUUACCAACUGAAUCAGGAAAAGCUGGAGUAUAAUUUUCAAGUUCUCAAGAAACGAGACGAGGAAAAUACCAUUACAAAGUCACAACAGAAGAGAAAAAUAACAAGAUUACAAGAUGUACUGAAUGGUCUGAGGAUCAAGUGUGCCAAACAGGAGAAACAGUAUCGCGAUGAGAAUGCCCAGUUACAGGAAGACUAUAAGAGAAUCACAGAACAGUUCCGUGAUCUACAGAAAAAGUCCAGACAUUUUAUGCAGGCGGACACGAAUAAGUUCAGCGAUGUAUGGUGUAUGAAUGAAGAGGAACUGAAGGAAAGUGUUCUGAAAGUUCUUGAAGCAGACAAAAUCAUUCAUACCCAUCAGAUGGGACUAGAGUGGGUGCAGCCAAACUUAUUAUUUAUUGAUAAUGAGGGGCCAUUGAUGGAAGAGUCAACUAAGAAGUCUGGGGUGACAGCCCAGCAGGUUGUACAGGAAGUUCUUUCUGCAACUGGAGACAGACAGACAGGGAGCAGUCAUGAGGAGGAAGACCAGUCUGAGACAGACAGUAACAUCCCUGCUGAUAGAAAACCAAAGAAGACUAGUAUACUUGACAAAAUAUCUGCACAAACCAUUAAACAGAUUCUUGAACUCUUGUGUGAUGAAUCAGGUUUUCUGGUAGAGUCCAAAUUAAACAAGCUGCUGGCACCCCUGGAAAAAGAUGAGCAGUCUCUCAUGAAACUGGAUGCAAUAUUUAAUGCAUUGAACAUUGAUACAGAGGAAGAUAUUCAUCUACUUGCAAGUUACUUUAUGCAUUUAAAAGGAAAGCCUGACCAGGACGAGGGGGAAGGCGAGAAGAAAGAGGAUGAAGAGUCAAAGACUGCUUACACAGAAAGUGGAGACAUGGAUGAUAUUGAUGCUGAGAUUCUCAAGUUGACAGGCAAAGAAGGCGAUGCCGAGUCUUCUAAAAGUGAAACAGUAGAACUGAUUCAUGGUAACGAGGUGUUGAAAGCUCUACGCUCAUUUGUUGAUGAUAACAGAAAACCACAGAGAGAGAAAGGAAAGACGUCACAGUUUAAGAUCAAGUCUCUAGAGGAGAGAGAUGACUCUGGCGACUCAGAGUACUGGGCAAAAUAUGCUCAAGUGAUAUCACAGAAAAAGGAACGGCUCUGGGAUGCUUUACUGGAGGGGCUAGAAAAAUAUAGUGAGUGCCUGAAUGCAAGAUCAGGUCUUAUAACUGAGACAGAUGCUCUGAGACAGCAAAAUGCUGAGCUGAGAAUGUUAUUGCACCAGUAUGUCAACUCUAAGGUGAAUGCGGAAUUGGAGGUACCACCAACACGUGUCCUGCAGCUUGAAAUGAAUCCUCCUCGUUGAUGGCCCCACUCACACCUCCCAAACAACACAUUUUUAUCACUUACCCUUUUGAAGCCCCUGGCUUAAAUAACAAUUAAUGAAAAAAAUGUUUUCUUUUUCUAAAAUUUGGUUAUAUUUUAAUGAUUAUGCAUAUUGCAGGAAAAUAGAAGUGAGGGAAGAGAAAUUAGUUUUUUUUGAAACAAACUACUUUUUGACCAAAACAGUUUUAUUUUGUGUGUAACUAUUUCAGUCUAAUUUUUAGAAAAAUAUCUGAAAUAUUAAUUGUACACCAUUAGAAAUGCAUUACCAGUUCAGUUGCAGGAAAUAAAUUUUCAAAUUUCAAUUAUAUUUUUAAGUUUUCCCAUCAUCUGAUAGAGAAAUGAUUUCAAUAAAUUGUUUGUAACAUUAUAUUCUGUUAAGAAGAAUUAUGCAUCAUUGAAAAUUGUCAAGUUUAUAUUUUGUAUGAAAAAUGUAAAUUGUACCAUUUUACAUCAAAGUUGUACCAUUAACAAACUGAAUAGAGCUAAUACAUAACUGCCUGUAUCAGUUGUACCUGACUGUCACCCUUCCCUUGUUGUUCUUUAGCAUGCAAGUUGCAAAGCACACAUCUACAAGACUUAUCAAAAUAUUUGCCAUUUUUGUUUGAGCCGGGCAGGCAAUCGAACUCAAGACCCUAGGUUUCAUAGUGUUACAGUGUUGCUACAUUGCCCGCUCUGUAUGAAAUUAUUUUCAUUGUUAUUUAAAAUUACUAACGUGAAAGUGCCAAGGUAAAUCUGCACACAUUUCUAUACAAAAUAAAAUAUUUCAAGACAUGUUAUUUUUGCCAGGGGCUGUGAUUAAAGUUUUUUGAUUAGAAGGUGUGAGUUGACUGUGAUCUACAAGUUGAUGUUGUUAAUCAGUGAAAUAAAUAUAAAAUAAAACAGACAUUUUUACAGACCUAUAUCAGUACAGCCUUUUACAUUUUAUAUUUUGAUCUUCAUAUGAGGAAAGGUUUUAAAAGAUAAUUGUUUUAAGAGAACUGAAUAAAGUAAGAAAUAAAACCUA